AUGCAGGGCUCUUCAUGGUGUGAUGAUGAUGCGAAGAAGGGUGACACCGGUCCGCUGAGUCACCCCUCCGACUUCUUACGCCUGGUUGAAUAUGCUUGGAAUCCUUCAAAGUAUUCUCAUUGUAAAGUUUAUGGUCAUAAGGACUCUAACUGUGGAAUUAUAAUUGCUAAUCAAAAGAAAGAAGAAGAGGAGAAAAGCAAAAUAGAAAAAGGUAAAGAAGGCGUUUCUAUGGAUCUUAGGCAAGUUCUUUUAGCUAGCACUAAAGAAGUCAAGGAUAAGAAUGAUGGUUUUGAAACUGUAGUGAAGAAAAACAAAGGUAAUAAGUCGAAAGUUAGCUAUAAUUCAGCUGUAGGGGAGAGGAAAAAAUCUGCGAUCCAGGGGCAGUAUAGGAAUAAUUCGAAAAAUGAAAGAUUAGGGGCUGAGGCUGGUAAUCGCAUACAGGGGCAAAAUGGGAAUAAUCCAAAAAAUAAAAAUUCUGGAGUGUUUUCUAGAAAUAACAUUCAGGGUUAUUAUGGGAAUAACUCUAUUUUGUCGGAAAACAGAUCUGUUCAAGGAGGGAAAGCUAGUAGCAAAAAUGAGCAGGGGUAUAAUGGGAAGAAUUCUGAUUUUAAUGGUAAAAAAAGAAUUCAUUUGGUUGAUAAAGGGCAAAGUAGUAAUUCUAAAGGUUAUGAUAAAAAAGGAAGAGGUUUUGGGGGUUCUUUAUAUCCUGAUGGUAAUUUAGGAAGUUGUAUUGAUAAAGGAAUUAAGCAGGAUUAUUUGAAAAAAGAGGAAGUGGGCAAUAAAAUUGUUUUUACGCAGAGCUAUGUUCCAAAAUCUGGAGGGUAUUUUAAAGUUAGCUCAAAUUUUGAUAAGUUCCACCAAAAUGUUAAGGAUGCGGCUCCGAUUAAUUUAAAUGUUAGCAAUUCUUUUGGAGUUUUUCAAGAUUAUUGCAAUGAAGAAAGUGAGGAAGCUUUGUAUGAAGAAUUUGGAUUGGAUAAAUUUGCUUAUAAAAAUUUUAUGAAUCAAGUGGAAGCUACCGAUGGUAUCACGGGGCUGGAUACCAACAUGGAUCCUGUUAUUAAUGAUGAUUAG